AUGCGAGCAGCAGCAGCAGCCUUCUCGACGACGGCCCCCCAGUGCAAGCGCAAGACAAAGGACGGCAACAAGAAGCGAGGCGUGAGCAGCCUGUACGGAUCGGGCCCGCGGGAGCCGCUGUCGGUGUCGGACGCGCCGCUGCCGAAGCCGGUCGAGUUCAAGCCCAAGAUCGAGGUGGACGAGGGCCACGGGCUGUGGGGGUUCUUCCCGGCGCCGGGGAAGCUGCUGCUGACGCCCAAGGAGACGGAGGAGCACGGGCGGGCGUGGACGGUGGAGGAGCUGCGGCGCAAGUCGUGGGAGGACCUGCACGCGCUCUGGUGGAAGUGCUGCCGGGAGCGCAACAUGCUGGCUACGGCGAGGGAGGAGCUGCUGAGGGGGAAGUUUGGCUUUGGGGAGCGGGAGAUUGGGUCGCGGGAUGAGGAGGUUAUGAAGACGAUGAGGGCGAUCAAACAUGCUCUCACGGAACGAUUCUACACUUGGCAGGAUGCUGUCGAGGUUGCCAAGUCGGAUCCCGAGAUCAACCUGGAGGCGGGAGAGGGUCAGGUGUACACACCGUCGGCAUACGAAGAAGGAUAUGACGAAAUUGCUGCCGAAGAGGAAGCACCGCGGUCAACAGACAAGGAGCCCAAGGAGACUCUGAGGUAG